UCUUCCAGGGUCCUGAAGGRAAACCUGGAUUACCAGGACCAUCACAGGGUGGUUCAGGAAGAGACGGUUCUGAUGGCGUACCAGGAAAACCAGGACUGAAGGGUGACAAGGGGCAGAAAGGAGAGGUUGGUUUGAGAGGAGAAAAGGGAGAUCAAGGUGGGAUUGGGAUUGCUGGAAUGCCUGGUUUACCAGGAACACCGGGGAGACCUGGUGUUGAUGGGAAAAGAGGCCAGGCUGGAAAAGAUGGAGAAAGUGGUCCUAAAGGAGAUGAUGGAAAAAAGGGGGAUAAGGGGGAACCAGGUGCAAAUGGWAAAGAUGGAAGUAAGGGCGAUCCAGGACCUCCAGGUUUGCCAGGGAGGCAGGUGCUCGUCACAACAGAGGGCGCCACAGUUGAUGAAAUCCGACAAGCAUUUCCAGUCCCAAUGGGUCCUCCAGGGGCUACAGGGUCACCAGGAAUGAAGGGUGAUAGAGGAGAAACAGGGGAGAAGGGCGACGCUGGAGCUCCUGGAAAGUCUCUGGAGAUGAAGGAUAUUGAAGCGAUGUUUGAGGACUACGGCAUACGGCUGCCUUUGCUGAAGGCUUUGAUUGACAGAUUGCUGCAGGAUGGAAUAGAGGAGCUGCUUCAUGUGCUCAGCAACUCCAAGAAAAUAAAAGAAAACACAGAAACCUCCAACGUCAUCUCGGAGAACAUGAGAUCAUUGAAAUUUGACCUCAGCAGCCAGACACAGACAGAGUUGGACAUCCAGCAACCCGACAUAGAUGAGCAGCUUCCUGAAUCUUUGUCCCCUGAUCUUAAUGAAACAGCAGAGGGUCCGGCCUUAUGGACCACCAGUACACCAGAUGAUGAGCAGAAACUCAACCAGAUUGAGACGAAGUUAAAGGGAUCCAGAGGGACGGAGAUCCAAGACUGGAACACGAAUGAGUCUUCCCUCAAUAUAAGCCUGACUUUAAUCAACUCUACUCUCAAUUACACCACCAUAAAGGAGACGGUUUCAGGCUUACCUGAAACUGUGGUGGAGACUGUUCUCCUCCGACAGGAAGACCCUCUGAAGAAGAUCUCUGCGCCAAAGAAGAAGAACAGAGAGCGUGGGAAAGGCAAAGGAAAUAAAGGACGUCGUAAGAGGCAGAGGCAGCGCCUGAUAAGUGAAGAGAGGAAACAAGAAGAAGAAGAGGAGGAGGUUUAUGACGGUGAAGAAUACUCUUAUGAAUACGAGGAAGAACUUCCCCCAAGUGAGCCGUCCUCUUCUCAUGAGAGCACAGAGAACACAGAGGAGGGACAGUUACCAACACACAAACCUGACCAGUUUGAAAGCUCCAGUCUUGUUCUUUCCUCAGACRCACAGGUUAUCCUGACAACCACAGCAGCAGCUUCUCAGUUCAUGGAUGAUGUCACUGAGGAUCAGGUGACGCUGCCCACUCCUCCAACUGCCACAGAGGCACCAGAGAAGGUGUCGCCACUUCAAAUCAGAGUGAAAAGAGGCUCAUCUUGGCUUGACUCAAUGGUGUUUAUGCCAGGUGCCCCAGGUGGAGGAAAUCGGUUUAAAAAGACACAAAAAAAUUUGUCCUCUGGAGCUCGAGGUUCCAACCGCUGGAGUCACACGCCGCACAAAAUUCCCAACCUUGAAACUCACGAGAGGAAGUGGAAUGAAAAAGAACGGCUGAUAUCUAGUGAUGCUGAAACACAGGCUCAAACAGAUGCACCUGCUGGAGGAGAGGAGCAGACUGACCAGGACUGGGAGAUGGAAAAAGAGGAUGAGGUGCCAGGUGGAAUUUCAGAAACGGACCUCGAUCCAGUUUAUGAGGAGGAGGAGGAGAGGAGCGGAGACUAUGACUGGGAGACUGAGGAAGAUGUGGACCGUGAACGGGAAGGGGAGGAGGAAGASUUGGAGAGGAAGCGAGAGAGGGAAAGGUUGGAAAUGGAGCGAGAACGAGUGGAGCUGGAGAAGGAGAAGGAAGUGGAGGUGGAGAAAGAACUGGAGAUAGAGAACAAACAAACAGAAAUGGAGGAAAUCGUGGAGGAGGAGAGAGAGGGAGACUUUGAGAGGGAGGAAUGGGAGAGGAGGAGGGAGGAAAUGGAGAGGGGGAAAGAGGGGGGUUACAGUGAAGAGACUGCACAGCCAUAUCCAUAUCCUCCAGAGUAUUUUUUUCUGAAGGUAAGGACACAAAAUAAUCCACUUUAUCUUCAUACUUCCUUCUCAGUUUCAGUACAAAUGACAUGAAUAGA